AUGUCGCAACCAAUUCAUUUCGUGCACGAGACAAAGCCAGGGUCUUCAUUGGAUUCGAGUCAAGUACGUGCUCUCCGAUCACACGUUCGGAAAGUCAACCUUGAAAGGUCAAACCAGAAGAGCACUCGGCGACUAGAGAAUUUUCGCUCAUUGACCAUCACCGAUUUUUCAGAGGGAGGCAAAGUGAAAAGCGGCAAGCGAAAACAACCCCCAAACGUGGAUACCAGUCACUGUCUUGAACCGGAAAUUGAAAACCUUCCGUCACGAGAAGGUGCCUCACAACAGUGUCCACUGAAUCCCGGUGGUGCUGAUACUCCCACGACGGCCUUUCAGUUCCUGUCGUCAUCGACUGGUGACGGUCCUCCGAGACGGUGCAGCUGUGCGAGGACUCGCGCGAAGCCACUCAAUUCCAAACUGCCGAGCUCGGGUCAUAUCCCGGUUGCGGGUGCAUCGCCGUCCAACGAUGAAUGUCAUCCAUACGCGUCGCAGAUUUCAAAAGCCAUUGAUCUUGACGAAACUCGGAUCGACUAUCUUCUCAGGAGUUGUGCCUUUCAAGUGGCGGCUGAGCCACUGCUCGUUUCUGGCCCUGUUGAGGGGGACUUGACUGCGCUCUCCCUAUUUCCAGAGUGCUUGACUAACUCGGCAUUUUUGUACGCCCUUCUCUAUUCUAUACUUCAUAUUCAUAACUCCUGUAAUACAACAAACGAGUCACUUCUGCUCAAGACAAAAGCCAUCGAAUGCUUGAGGGAAGAUUUGCAGAAGGACAACCCCAAUAUUCGAGCCCUGUCGAUUGGAACAAUACUGCUUCUUUCCUGCGUUGCGCAUCACUGCGGUGACCUUGCUGAAUCUUCAGCACAUUUAGAAGGUCUCUACAAGCUUCUCGAACAUUGUCAUGCAGAUGGCACGCAACUACGGUCUGAAGUCCUGCGCGCGGUUUUUUGGCAACACCUUCUAGGUACUGCGCUCGUGUGCAGUCAACAUCACUUCCAACAACCCGACCUUCGAGGUCUUCUCGGCCGAUCCGAAGAAUUCCCUACCGCCUCACUCCCCGCCCUGCCUCUUGGAUUUGUUCUACACGAAGAAGUCAUUAGCGGCGAUGUCCUGCUGUGCGUUCGGAACCUGCUUCACCUCCAAGAGCUCGUCGCCACGAGUACUACCGAUCAGGAGAAAAUUGAAGGCCUACAAACAUCUAUCCAGUCCCGGCUUGUCUUCCACGAGGAGAAUUGCAAGAAAAUUGGCCCGAUAGCAGAAUGCUGUCGGCUGGCAGUAUACAUUGUCUGCUAUGUGACAAACACCCCGACGUGGACUAGCGCUUUUGUGCCACUGAGACUGGCAGAGAAGCUCCUGGUACACCUUGGCAAGAGCUCGGGUACAGAUUUGUGGCGCUACCGACGCGACUUAUUUCUAUGGUUGCUACUGGUCGGCAUGUCCGUGGGCAAGGGUCGGAACUGUUUUGCAGUUGAGCUUGCCUCGCGCUAUCAAGAUUUUAUUGACAAAACUAUCGAAGAUGUCCAAAAGUGGGAUGAAGUGAAGGAGGGCCCCAAAGUCCUUCACAACCUUGUGAAACAGUUCAUCUACGCUCAAGACUGGGUCGCAAAGAGGCAUCUGAUCUCUCGUUGGACGGAUCUCGAGAUGGGCGUCUUUCUGUGUGGUUCCGAUGAUGUUGACAUUGAGAUGGGAAGCGAAGAAACCAAUACUCUCUUGCAAGAGCUGGUCCCGGAUACUAACCUCUUUGAGUGA